AUGAGCUGGCAGGUGGUCUCGGGUAUGGGGACGAACGUUGGAAACGGCAUGGGCGGGCCUGGAGGAAACGAGAUGGGCGGCGCGAUGCAGGGCAACGGCUCUGGCCAGCCACAUGCGACCGAGUAUACGCUACAGGGCGUUAUGCGAUUCCUCCAGACCGAAUGGCACCGUCACGAACGCGACAGGAAUGCGUGGGAGAUUGAGCGUCAAGAGAUGAAGGCGAGGAUAGCUGCCCUCGAAGGCCAAGCGAGACGCGCAGACGCCACGCAAAAGGCUCUGAAGAAAUACGUUACUAUCCUCGAGAAGAAGGUCAAGGACCAGUCGGCGCAACUAAAGGGAGGAUCCAAGUCUGAAGAGGCUGCGAAGGCUGAGAAGGACCGCGCAGCCCUGAUUCAGGAGAAGCUUCGACCUUCGAGCAAGAAACCAACCAAUGUCGACGGCAACGAGAUCGAUAUUGAGAAGGGUGACGAUGAGGCACAGCGGGCCGAUCUCAAGUCAUUCUUGGACCAGUGCCAGGCCGAGUUUACCUAUCUGAUGAUCACGCCAGCCAACCCUCUACCUCCUCGCGAUUCACCUCCGCUCCCGAUACUUGAAGACCUACGCGAAGGCGAACCUUUCGGUAUGCCAGGCGGAAAGCCCUUCCAGGAGCCGCCGUUUCCUUUCGCAUCAUCUUCUCUUGUGCCGCAGAACCACGUCCGAGAGGCCAACCGUCCACCACCUGCCCCCAACCACGCUCCACCGAUGCAACGCAGCCAACAUGGGAAUUUACCCAUGAGACCGGCCGAACAACAACAGCAGCAGCAGCAGCAGCAACAACAACAACAAUAUCAACAACUUCAGCAGCAGCAGCAACAGCAACAGCAGCAACCACAACAACAGCAACAGAUGCCGCCUCUGAACUCUGAGCCCGUACCUCCUGUUAUGUACGCUGCCGGUAACGAAUGGCCGCAGCCAACGUCGGUGACCGCCCGCAUGCUGGAUGACAACAUGCAGCAGCGACCUAGCCAUGCUGUUGAGUCUGUCAGUAGUGUAGAGCCUACUGAGGAGUCUCAACCAAGCCGCGCCCCUCCUGAAUCUGAUGCAUGGGAGUUUCCCGACAACACAAACUCCGAGUCAAACCCCUCGCAACCUCUUCAGCAAGUUACCAACCGGCCUGAUACCGAUGCCUUCCCCACCGCGGACAACCUUCCCAAGUCGCCCAACCGAGCCCCGGCCUCUCACCGUCGCAAAGGAUCGAUGUCGAGAAGGCGUAGCUCUGAGCACGAGUUAUCCCUAAACGCAGCCGCUCAAAAGGCGGAGACUGGCAACUUCAAGUUGCGGUUCGGACUGCGGGGCCACUUGGAUACGGUGCGCACAGUGAUCUUUUCCGGAGGUGGCAGUCCUGGUGAGCCUGAGAUUUGCACCGCCGGUGACGACGGCAUGAUCAAGCGCUUCCACAUUCCCCGUGCUGAUAGCCACGGCCAGACAAAUGCCGCCUCCGACCUUGACGUAACAGCCAACUUCUCUCACCGCGGUCACGCCGGCGCGGUUCUGUGCCUGGCUUCCUGGUCGCCUUCCCCCAACUUUUCGACUGGCGGACGUGCUCAGGGCGAUGGCUGGAUCUUCUCUGGCGGUCAAGAUGCUACUAUCAGGGUAUGGGAGCGGGGCAGAGUCGACCCCAAAGCCACCCUCGAAGGUCACACCGAUGCCGUCUGGGCUCUGUGCGUCCUCCCGACGACUCUGGGUGCCGUCUUUGGACAAAACAACCAAUACGGCAGCCCCGACCGCAUCAUGCUCGUCUCUGGAGGUGCCGACGGCUCUGUCCGCCUGUGGGCCGUCAGCGCGCCGCCUCAGCUGACUAGUCCCCAGCCUGGCACGAACAGAGCCGCGCCUACAGGUAGCAGAGGCCGCGUACGCGGCAACUCCAUGAGCUCCGGCAGCGCUUUCUCAAGCACACCACAGCCCAACAUGGCGUCUAGCUCUCCGUUCAACCACAUGCUUGUGCACAACAUCAAGAGGACUGACGGGUCUGACGCCAGCCCUACUUGCAUCACACCGCUCAGCCCCAACGGCGAGUCCUUCGUCGUCUCCUACUCGGAUGCAUCCAUUCUCGUCUACGACACGAGGACGGGUGAGCAGACGGGAAGCAUGGACAGCUUGGAGACGUACGACGGCACGGUCAACACCAGCGUCAAUGCCGUGGUAGCGACAACCGUUGCGUUAGAGCAGUCCCAAGGCGGCAUGUCCGAGGAGGACAGCGGCGCCGGUGGCGGACCUACGGGCGGCGGCAGGUCGAUGGCGGGCUCGGGCGUAGAAGGCGUCAUUAUCUCUGGACACGAGGAUCGGUUCGUGCGAUUCUUCGAUGCCAACAGCGGACAAUGCACAUACAACAUGCUCGCGCAUCCCGCAUCGAUCUCGAGCCUUUCUCUCAGUCCAGACGGGCGUGAACUCAUUAGUGCAGGUCACGACGCGUCGCUGCGGUUCUGGAGUCUCGAGAAGCGAUCCUGCACGCAGGAGAUUACGAGCCACCGCAUCAUGCGGGGUGAGGGAGUCUGUUCGGUCGUCUGGAGCCAGGACGGCAAGUGGGUGGUCAGCGGCGGCGGCGACGGCGUCGUCAAGGUGUUUGCGCGGUAG